UCCAGUAUAGACAUCAGCAUGAAGGUGUUCCUAGCUAUCCUGGCUCUGGCCGUGGCUUCGGCCUCCGCCUUCGACGAGAAGGUCUUCGUGAAGGACCUGCCCAAGACCACCAAGAUUGAGGGCCGUGUCACCAACGGAUACGCCGCCCCCGAGGGCAAGGCUCCCUACACUGUGGGUCUUGGCUUCAGCGGAGGCUGGUGGUGCGGUGGCUCCAUCAUCGCCCACGACUGGGUCCUGACUGCCGAGCACUGCAUCGGAGAUGCCGCUUCCGUGAUCGUUUACUUCGGUGCCACCUGGCGCACCAACGCCCAGUUCACCCACACCGUCGGCAACGGCAACUUCAUCAAGCACCCCAACGCUGAUAUUGCCCUGAUCCGCAUCCCCCACGUCGACUUCUGGCACAUGGUGAACAAGGUUGAGCUCCCCAGCUACAACGACCGUUACAACAACUACAACGAAUGGUGGGCCGUCGCUUGCGGAUGGGGUGGCACCUACGAUGGCAGCCCACUGCCCGACUGGCUGCAGUGCGUCGACCUCCAGAUCGUCCACAACGAAGAGUGCGGCUGGACCUACGGCAGCGUUGGCGACAACAUCAUCUGCACCCGCACCGUCGACGGCAAGUCCAUCUGCGGAGGUGACUCUGGCGGUCCCCUGGUCACACACGACGGCUCCAAGCUGGUGGGAGUUAGCAACUUCGUCUCCUCCAACGGCUGCCAGUCGGGUGCUCCUGCUGGAUUCCAGCGCGUCACCUACCACUUGGACUGGAUCCGCGACCACACUGGCAUCUCUUACUAAUUUUUCUAAAUAAAUAGAUAAUUUUAAAAGCA